AAACUUUUGCAUUAAAAAAAGAAAAUAAAAACUAAAUGUUGGACUUAAAUGGUCGACAAGAUCAAAAGGGGCUACGUUAAACCUCAGCGUUAAGUUCAGGGGCCAAAAUGGAGCCUUGUUCCUUUCCAAAUAUCCCUAAAUCUCUCGCAAAUUACAGUUUUGCCUGUUACUCCUCUUCUUUUCCUCCUCCAAUAAGUAAUUUCAUGAACUUGUGAAAACCACGCAAAACAAAUAUCAUCAGAACCAAAACCAAAACCCUCAAGAAAAAUUAUAUAAAAAAAAAAAAAACCUCAAACAUUAAUCAAUGGGAUCGCCGGAGACUACUAUUAACUACGACACUUCAUGGACCGUCGCUCGUGGCUCUCUCGAAGAUUGUAUAACCUUCGAAUCGUCUCUUUCUCUAAUCAACGAUCAAUCCUCCUCCUCCACCACGACCGUUGAUUCGACUGCUAAAUCCCCUCUUAUUCUAUGCCCUACCUCCCCUGAUCAUUCCACUCCGUGCGAGAUCACUAUUACUUUUGCGCAAGAACAUGAGGUGCAACAGGUUUAUGUUCGAAGUACUGCUAGAAUUUAUGAAAUAUAUUGUGCUUCUGAAUUGAAUAGUGAAAAUGAGUAUCUCUGUACUGUACGGUGUGGCAUUGCUGCUAGAGAUGAAGAAGUGCUGCAUGCUGCCAUUGAUAUUGAAGAAACUGUAUUGGCACUUCAGAAGGGUAUUACUAAAGAACUAGCUGAAGACAGACACAACGGUAGUAAUGUAACCAGUAAUGAAGAUGAUUGGGUUGAAGUUAAAGUCAUUGAUUCCCCUUUGGUUGUCAGUGAAGAUAGUUCUUUGUCAUCAAGUUCUGAUACAAGUCGACAACGAAACUUGCAGUCGCAGGAUUUGUACGAGGCUACAGCUGAGAUUAGUGAUGCAAACCCUUGCAAGUCCAUUACAUUGAGGUUGCUUUCGCUUCAGAAUAAAGGUUAUGUUUGUAUUGAUGAAGUCUAUGUGUUUGCUGAUCCUGUUGAUGCAACUGAGUUGGAUAAUAAAGCGAGUCCAAUGGAAAGUUCUGCUGGAAAUUCACUUAUGGCCAUGCUUGUGCCUACCUUUUUGCAAUUAUCUAGAACAAAGGGUGUCAGUCUAGCACAAGAUAAACAUGAUACUGAUAGAAUUUAUGAACAAAAGUUGGAGGAAAUUGAAGCAAAAUCUGAUCCAAUUGAUGCUGGAAACAAAAGCCUCGCCAAUAGUAAAGCCGAACAAAUGACAGAUGCAGUGCAGAAGGAAUGGAAAUCUUGUUCAUUGUUUCAGGAGGAACUGCAGUUUCCAGAAGCAGUUACAUUUAUUGCCAAAACAGUCCAGCCGGAGAAGCCUCCGCAAGUUUCAGAUACAGAGAGCAAGCCUGACAUAUCACACAAUCAUAUUGAAGGGGUUCUGGACCAGCUUGUCUCUCGAGUUGGCAGAAUAGAAGAUAUGUUUUUGAGGUUUGAGGAUUGUAUGUUGAAGCCCAUAAGAAGCAUUGAUGAGAGGCUCCAAAGAGUAGAACAGCAACUUGAAGUGCUCAUGAAGAAAACCCAGCAUUCUGAUGUGCAUUCUGGCACAAGAAUUUCAGCUCCUGAAUUUUCAUGCAGUGAAUCAGAGACUAAUUCUCUUUAUAACAGUGGUUGCAUGGAUCUUAGUUAUGCAGCUUGUGAAACCAAUAAGAAGGAUUCAUUUCUGGCUGUUUCAUCUAUUCAUUCAGAUGCCACCCCUAUCUCAGAGAAUUUGACCGAGUCGCAUCCUAGUCUUGUAGUUACUGCUCCAGAGUUCCCAAAUUGUGAUGAUGAUGAAGAAGAUGAUGCAUUGGAACUCGCAAAGGAAUCUCCAAAUGGGAAUCAAAGGCUCGCAAUGUCAAUUGACGAUGCUUUAGCAUCUGCACUUGCUGGUUUCUUAUCUUCAACUUCUGUUCAGUCCCCAAGAUAUACAAAAACUCUUGCUGUUAAAGCUCCUGAUUUUCCAUGUGAAGAAGGAAAUAGUAACGAUGAAGCAACCUUACUAAAAGUUCCAUGUGAAUGCAUCACAGAAUUUUUUACCGGCUUCAGUGAACUUGAAGGGACAGAGCACCUGAUGAGUUCAUUUUCAUCUUUGUCCAAUGUUUCUUCUUUAGAGAGUGAUGAGAGUGUGACUAGGUUGCCUAACAAUAGCACCUGUAUGGAAACAGGCGGAGAAGCUGAUGAACAGUGGCGGUAUAGAGAGGGGGAUGAAGCUAGUCCCAAGGGAACUUGUAUUGAACUUGCAGCGCCAGCCAUGCAUGAUAUGACGAGAAUGAAUGUUGAUCAGAUAAACGAUGAUGAUCGGAUAAAUAAUGACACAAGUAAUGGAGAAGUCAGCAAUGGAACAAGCAAUAAAAAGGCUGUUGAGAGAACUGAUAGUCUGGAACAGGCUUCUGGAUAUCAGACUGAUGAUGGCGCCGAUACUACAAAGGAAGGAACUAGUUUGAAUGAAUUAUAUAUUUGUACAGAAGUGGCAGAAGAAGGAUCUGAUCAAGACAUUCUACAGAAUGUUGUUGAAUUAUCUCGUGCUGCUGCCCAGGUGGAUUUUGAAACACCAAUCCUGGAAGUGAAGUUCACUUGUCAGGAAAACUUGAAUGGCAACUCUCCCCUUGAGGCACUUUUGGCUGGCAUAUCAGGUCUGAAUGUUGAAGAAGUUCAUCCAAUGAAAGGAAGCAGCAAGGAUGAUUCUCAAAUCGGAUCUCAAUCCGACUUGAUUCCGGUGGACUGGGAUGCGAUGAGUUCUGCAACUGAUAAUCUUAUUUCUGUGGAUACUGAGUAUUAUAAUCUAACGCUCUUGCCUUUGGUUGCAGAAGAUGCAACACAUCUUAAAAAUGACUAGCUGCUAUCUUGUAGAUAUCAAGCUGUACAGCUUCUGGUUCAGACAAAGUAGAAUUUGUCUGUUAAUUGUGUUUUUGGUUGCCCUCACUUGUAUCCUUUCUCUGAUAUUUUCUGCUCAAUAUGAUUAAAUCUGUGUAAAGAUGCAAUAACAGUGUCGACGUGAACGAUGUAUUCAAGUCUAAAUACAUGUUCAUGGGAAUUAGUUAAAAUUUUCUAAUUACUCAAAA